AUGCAGUCCGUGAAAGAAGGCCGAGUCACGAAAUUAAAAGCCGAAAGACCGCGAACCACAACCCGACGCGUCUCGAGCAAAAUUCCACUGGUCGAACAGACCAACGCAUUGAUCAUUGGCGAUUUCAUAGAGCAAUACGUGACUCCACUCACGGAAACAGGAGAACCAGCUAGAAAUGAUGCGACGGAUCAACCCCAUCCAUCCCAAGAUCAGGCACAACAGGAUUUGGCCCCCGCGCCGCGCGUGGACGUCUACUCAGCGGCAACAAUAUCCGCAGCUGACCUGGAAGCAUGCUUGGAUCUGAUCGAGCAAACCUCAAGCGAAGCCUACAGCGCGUCGAGCGCAGGCUGGUCGCGCACCAAGAAGCGGAAAGAGAUGAAGUUGCCCGACAUGAAGUAUUUGAUUCUGCGGGGUACGCCGGAUGAACCUAGUGAUUCUAGCGGGCAAAUUCCGAGAGAGAAACAGAGCGAUAUCGUCGACAACAAUGCUCCGUCUUCACCGAAGGAAAGCGAUGAGCCUGUUUCGUCAUCUGAUACUAGUUCUCGACAUGUGCUGGGCUUUCUAUCAUUUAUGGUUACCUACGAGGACGGGAAGGAGGUUAUUUAUUGCUACGAGAUCCAUUUGUCGCCGGCGGCCCGGGGGCGGGGCGUUGGGAGGUUGCUUAUGGGUCAGAUGGAGGGAAUCGGUCGUGCUGUUGGCUUGGAGAAGUCUAUGCUGACGGUUUUCAAGUCGAAUAAGAUUGCUCGGCAGUUCUAUGAGCGGCUUGGAUAUGGGGUUGAUGAGUACUCGCCCCGACCGCGCAUGUUGCGCAAUGGGACUAUUAAGGAUGUGGACUAUCUGAUCUUGUCGAAGAGGUUAAAAUUGUAA